AUGGAGAAGCCAAUUUCUCUCAAACCUGAGCACAUCAGAGAUGAGAAAGUGAAGGUUCUUCAAUCAGUACUUCCAAUUAAUGAUGAUGAAGUUGUUCUUGGACAAUAUGAUGGCUACAGAGAUGAUCCAACAGUUCCUGACAACUCAAAUACUCCAACUUUUGCCACUGUGGUUCUGCGAAUUCAUAAUGAAAGAUGGGAAGGUGUCCCAUUUAUUGUUAAGGCAGGGAAAGCAUUGAAUUCAAGAAAGGCUGAAAUUCGAGUUCAGUUUAAGGAUGUUCCUGGUAAAAAGCAAGGGAGAAAUGAGUUUGUAAUACGGCUUCAACCUUCAGAAGCCAUGUACAUGAAGCUUACAGUUAAGCAGCCUGGACUGGAGAUGUCAACAGUUCAAAGUGAACUAGACUUGUCAUAUGGGCAACGUUAUCAUAGCGUUACAAUACCCGAAGCAUACGAACGUCUAAUACUUGACACAAUAAGAGGUGAUCAGCAACAUUUCGUUCGUAGAGAUGAGUUGAAGGCCGCGUGGGAGAUAUUUACCCCUCUUCUGCACAGAAUUGAUGAUGGUGAGCUGAAGCCGCUUCCAUACAAACCAGGUAGUCGAGGUCCUGAGGCAGCAGAUGAGCUGCUUGCAAAAGCUGGUUAUGUACAAACUCACGGCUAUAUAUGGAUUCCACCAACGUUGUAG